AUGGCGAGCAUUUUGAAGAAGGAUGAGAUCCAGUGGGAGAGCGAGGUGAGGACACCCUGUUCAAGCUCAAGAGAAGCUGCCCAGACCGAGAGAGGCAUCAAGGAAGUCAGAGACAGACGAAUAAAACUAGUGCACGAAAACAAAAAAGUCGGAUUUCGACGUGGCGCUGGAGAGCGUGGAGGAGAUUCGAAUUUAUUCCCUUCCUGUGGUGAUUUCUGUGGGAAGGCCGCGACGACGUCGACGUCAACGUCGAGCGCUCAGAGCAGAGCAGUCGGAUCCUGGAACAGCGUAAACGCAAGAGAAUCAGCAGAAGAAGCAGAAGAAGAAGAAGAAGAAGAAGAAGAAGAAGAAGAAGAAGAAGAGCAGAAGAAGCAAAGAAAAAGGAAAAAUGAUCUCCGAGUCGAGGAGUCGAGGAGGGGCUCUGGCAGCGAUAAAAAGACCGACGCCGUGCUCCCUCUCCCCCACCCCGUUGGCCGUAUCUGGGUGGCUUUCGCUGUGUGA